CGGAAAUGUAUAUUUAUAUAUAGGAUUUAAGAACAUACACAAUACAUUUUUCUCAUGUUAUUUUAGGAAUUUAUAUAUUUUCUUCCAUUCAACAAUAUAAAAUCUUUUUUUUACCGCGCAGCAAGAUCUGUACACAGGUUUUAGUUAAAAAAGUUAUUAAACGUGUCAAAAUUGCGGUACUGUAGUAUUAGCGCAAAGUACUGGUGUUCAAGUUAACAAUGGAUUGACCGCGUAUGCACAUUGAAAUCCAAGGUCCGGAUGUCAUAAAUGGAAGAAGAGUCUUUGGAAGUUUGAAUGUGUUCAGAUGGCACGAGUGUUUUUACAACUGAGACACGCAUUUCGGCCCGUUAGGGUCGCAAGUUUUUAUAGCAUGUUCCUAACAAUUGUAAUAAUAUUUGCUACUAUAUUCUACAUUCAAAUUGUGUCACAUUUUAACAUUUCUCUGGAAACCUCUGUGCACGAAACGGAAGACCUGCUUAACCUCAAAACAGAGCCAGUGAUGCUUUUCACGACAAGGGGGUCUAUCAAAAAUAGUUUUAAGAAUGAAUCCAAAGCUGAGAGUGAAAAGUACCAUAAUAUUUCGUCUUUCAAUAUUUCGUCUAGUCAAGUUAUUCAACACGUAUUAAGGUAUUAUUAUGCAUUAAGCAGUAACAGAACUUCACAUAAUCUGACAAAGAACUUCCUGCAACUUAAUGACGCAAAUAAGAAUAAUAAAAGUGAAAUUCUGAUCAAAUCUCUGCUUCGUAUUAACGAUAGUGAUAACAAUUCUGUAGCAAAUGUACCGGCAACUUUUGCAGAGAAAAUUUCGUUGAACUCAAGCAAAAGGAUAACGACUGGAAAUGAAAUACCCGAAGUUGCUAACGUUGGUGCUCCUUUCCUUCCAGUCAAUAUUUCUAGAACAUUGGACAGACAUAAUGAUAUUUUUUUGAAUGAAAAGCAAUUCUAUAGAAAUCUCACAAGGAGCCGAAAGCACAAUCUGCGAACGAGGAACUCAAGACGACCUAACUAUUGUCCCCUCUGGCCGAAUGAGUUAGUUGGACCGAUGCCAGUUGACCAGCUUAUGAACCUCACUGAGAUACCAAAGGAAAACCUGAAAAUGAUAAAGGAAGGAGGCAAGUAUAAACCGCAGGACUGUGAUCCAAGGGAGAGAACUGCAAUCAUCAUCCCGUAUAGGGACAGAGAGAAAAAUCUAAUGGUGUUACUUCGGCACCUACACACAGUAUUACAGAGGCAAAAGAUCGAGUAUGGAAUUUUUGUCAUAGAAAUGGCAUACCCGACCCAGUUCAAUCGUGGACUGCUUGCAAACGUCGGCUAUCUGACAGCAUCCAGUAUAGCACCCUACACAUGUUACAUUAUACACGAUGUGGAUCUCCUCAUGCAAGAUGACAGGAACAUGUACAGAUGUGGGCGUGUACCAAGACAUCUUACCGCAUCUAAUUCCAAGUUCAAAAAUAAAUUACCAUAUUUGGCUUAUUUUGGUGGUGUGGAAGCUUUUACUCCUGACCAGUACUGGAAAGUUAAUGGAUUUUCUAACUUGUACUUCGGUUGGGGUGGAGAAGAUGACGACAUGGUAUAUAGGAUAUUUUUCACGGAGCAGCAUUUCUCUCGUCCACGUCAGCAAGUUGGUGGUUACGUUGCAAUAGAACAUGGAAAAGACUCAUCGAACCCUCAAAAUCCAAACAGAGCGUCUCUGGUGAAAUCUGCAGGGAAAAGAAUGAGAAGUGAUGGAGUGAAGUCAGUAAUGUAUAACCGCCUAGCUCUGGAAUUCAAACCGCUCUUCACAUGGGUAUAUGUGGCAGCGAAGGAAGCAAAAAUAAUGGAAGUUAAAAUACCAAGACUACUUGGAUGGAUGACUGCUGGAUGCAACUUGCAGAUACCGUGGCAUAUUAGUUUUUCUGUCUAAAACUGUCUAAACCUUAUUGCAGUUUUAUAAACAUCGAAAUCCCCGAAACCUUUGCAACCUUAUUCAGAAGUAAUUGUUGGAAAGAACAGUCAAGCGUCCGUGUUGUUUUCGACUUUGCAAAGAGAUUUUAUUCAUUCAUUGGAGAACAUCAUUUAAGUUUACAUCUUAAGAUAAUGUGUUAACAAAACAGAGAAGGCAUUUGUUCGCCGAAUGCAUAAUUCCAUGUUAAAGGCAACCUUUUGCAUAUCUUGGGAUUGAAGGACCGACUGAUGAACCAAGUUCCAAACCCCGAAUCGCAACACGACCUUUCAGCUACUGUGAUAAUGAAAAUGUUUGACUUUUACCUUACCUCACGCCGCAAAAUAUAUUUAGUAUAAUGUCCUUGGUACGUUUUCACUUGAAGAGAGUCUUGUGUUUGUCGCUUGUGUUACCAUUUUCUUAAUGAGUAGUGUGUAGUUCAAUUUAUGAACUUUUUGAACAAGAAAUAGCGCUACGGUAUUUUGCUUUAUUUUUCAUCAUUAAAAAAUAACAAAUGACAUUCAUGUGAAGCAUAUAAAAGUACGAAAGCAUA